GCGGCGCGAUGGGCCUGCGAGCAGGAAGAGCACUGGGUAGGGCCGGGGCGGGCCGGGGGACGCCCGAGGGACCCGGGCCCAGCGGCGGCGCACAGGGCGGCAGCAUCCACUCGGGCUGCAUCUCCGCGGUGCACAACGUGCCGCUGAGCGUGCUGAUCCGGCCGCUGCCGUCUGUGCUGGAUCCGGCCAAGGUGCAGAGCCUUGUGGACACGAUCCGGGAGGACCCAGACAGUGUGCCCCCCAUCGAUGUCCUCUGGAUCAAAGGAGCCCAGGGUGGUGACUAUUUCUACUCCUUCGGGGGCUGCCACCGGUAUGCGGCCUACCAGCAGCUACAGCGAGAGACCAUCCCUGCCAAGCUUGUCCAGUCCACCAUCUCGGACCUAAGGGUGUACCUGGGUGCUUCCACACCAGACUUGCAGUAGCAGGCUCCUUGGCACCUGCCACCAGUCCCAAAAGCCCAGGAGACAUACCUCGCUUCCAGCAAGCUGGACCAUGCCAACGGUGUGGCAGGGGAGCGUUCUCUGCCUGGAGGGAAGAGGGUCUGACACUAAGCGCCCUCUUUGCUAAGCUGCAAGACCUUGGAUUUACUGCCAAACGGUGCGGGAGCUUCAGUUCCCACCACUGUGAAAAUGGGUCAUGUCUUUGCUUUUGAGGGAUUAUUGAGAGGAUGAAAUGAGAAAGGAGAUGGGUUUGGAGAACCACAGGCUGCUGGCUCCAGAUUCUCAAGGACAAGAUCCUUUGCAUUUUCAUCUUUGUAUAUCCAAUUAUGUGAAAUACAUUGAGCUCUAAGCAAAGGAAAAUGUAGUGUAACAAGGAGAAG